AUGCGUACGCGCUCCAUACACCGAGAACAGAAUACUCGCCUGCAGGAUGACUCGAUGCUUCUCGAGGCGAAACGCGUGGUAUCUCGCUCCACCCAAGGCGGAGAUGGCGAGUACGGUGAGCGAUAUUCGAUGAAUCGAGCCCGAUCGCAUCAUGGUGAACCUGCCGAUGCGUUCGACGAGGCCAUCAAUCCUCUUCACGAAAAGACUGUUAUAUAUCAACCUCCCGAGAGCCCGAGCACCAAGCUUGCCGCUUUAGUGAAGAAUAUCCACCAAUCUAGCUUCGUUGUUCGCUAUCUGACCUACAUCGUGCCUAUGGCCUUGAUUCUCUUGAUCCCCCUGCUUGUCGGUGGACUCGAAUAUCCCAAUUCCAGCGUCGGUGGUGUUGAAUUGAUGUGGGAAAAUAAAUGGCGCGAUAUGGCGAAACAAUUGGAAGUUCAUUUCGCCCUUUUCCUCUGGUGGCUCGCCGUGGAGAUCUCGUUUCUACCCACCAUGAAAAAUCAUCAUGUGGACGGUGAAAAAACCACACGGAGUUGGGAGAAUACACUUAACAAGAUCAUUAUUGUCGUUUUGGUGUGGAAAAUUCUCAACUUGAUCGAGAAGUUCGUCAUUCAAGCAAUCGCUAUCAGCUUCCACCAGCGCACCUACGCCGACCGAAUCGAGACCAAUAAGUUUCAGAUCGGGAGCUUGGCCAAGCUUCUUCGCUUAUCGCAAACCCGGUUCGGGGAUGAGGAUGAGGCAUUUAAGAAUAAUUCGAACACACAGACCUUUGAUUACAUCAAAAGCCCCUUAAAGUAUGCCACUCAGGCCGGGGUCGCUGCUCAGCGCGCUGUAACAAAAGCUGGCAACAAAUUCAGUGAUAUAGCAGGCGGUGUGGUUGCCGAUUUCACCGGCAGGCAGCCAAAGAGUAGCAGUGACCCCUACCAAAUUAUCCUCAUGCUUCUCCGCUCUACCUCUGGGUGUCAAGGUUUAGCUCGUCGUCUUUAUCGCACCUUCGUGCGCGAUGGCUUCGAUAAGGUCUUCUCGAGUGAUCUUAAGGAGGCUUUUGACAAUCAUGAGGAGGCCGAGGCCGCUUUCUCUAUGUUCGAUCGGGACCUGAACGGAGAUAUCUCUAUGGAGGAGCUGGAAGCUGCUUGUGUGGAUAUUGGCCGAGAGCGCAAGUCCAUCACUGCGUCACUGAAAGGCCUCGAUUCGGUCAUUUCUAAGCUGGAUCAAGUCGUCAUGUUCUUCGUGUUUGUCAUUGUGCUUCUUGUAUUCCUCUCAUUGAUCUCAACUUCUGCUGCUGGUGUGCUCACCUCUGCUGGCUCCACUAUUUUGGGUCUGUCUUGGUUGUUUUCCACCACUGCCACCGAGUUCCUGCAGUCAAUUAUUUUCGUCUUCGUGAAGCACCCAUUCGAUGUUGGCGACCGCGUGACCAUUUACGGUAACUCUGGGGAUGUUCAAAUAAUGCAAGGCCAUGUGCUCCAGGCGCCAAACAGUUACUUAAAUGCGCUUUAUAUCCUGAAUCAGCGACGUUCAGGUGCGCUAGCGGAGGCCGUUCCCAUAGUCAUCAAAUACGGCACGAGUAUCGAGCAAAUUGAAGAACUUCGCCGGUGGUUACUUGAAUUUGUCCGAAGUGAGAAGCGCGACUUCCAGAGUGAUAUCGCAACCGAGCUCCGUGAGAUGACGGAAAACUUUUCGGUCACCCUAAAUAUCGUCUUCUUCUACAAGUCGAACUGGCAGAAUGAGGGCCUCCGCUUGCUGCGCCGUAAAAAAAUUAUCUGCAUGCUCAUGACUACACUCCAAGAGAUCGGCAUCGAGGGCCCUCGGAUGAACCUCCAGGGCUACAAACUCGACACGCCAUUCCACGUUCACUAUUCUGACUGGCCGACGAGGGAACUAACCAAACUCCAGACGACUCAAGAAAGCGCGAAAAUUCCGAUCGGCGAAUCAUCAGAGAGCGCUGUUAUCAGUACCGGUAGCGGUGCCCGCUCGGAUUCCAUCCUACGCCAGGGCAUGGACACUGCCGCUGCUCGAUCUCGCGGCCAACCGCAUUCACGAAAACAUGUCGAUUUUUCUCUGGGCAUGUCGGAUUUCAUUUCUAAUGAUAUCAUGGGCGACGUCUUCGACGACCGCAUCAACCACAUUGAUGAUGUUGUUCGUACCGCCAACCGCGAAAGUACCCAGCGCUGUACGCGAGACGUUGCUGAGGCCGAAGAAGAGUCUUGUGGUCGUGAUCCCUCCCGAAGGAGUUGUUCCCUGGAAAGCAGCAGUCUCUCGCAAGAUAGACGACCCUCAAUAGAAAUAGACGCCCUCAGCACAUGUAGUGGUACCCUCUCUACUCAAAAUAGUAUCUUCCGGCCUCGCAACAGUGCCAGCCACCGUUGGGGGGGACCUGGAAUCUGGUCGCAGUGUGUCACCUAUUCCAAAUACCGGUGA